GUUCUGAAAACAUACAAUAAUCACCAUGGUGGUGAUCCUCAUCAGCAAGCCUCCCUUGCGCAAGCUCGCCUUCUUCAUCAUUUGCCUUGCCACAUUCGUGGCUGCACAGACCUCACUGGCAGCUCACGGAGCAAUCGCCUCUGUCCCUCACAUCCCUAACUCCGACCAGCUCGCGCUCAUGUCAUUCAAGUCACUCGUGAGGAGUGACCCAUCGCGAGCCCUAGCUUCGUGGGGUAACAUGUCCAUCCCCAUGUGCCGGUGGCGCGGCGUGGCGUGUGGCCUGAGGGGACAUCGCCGGGGCCAUGUGGUGGCUCUGGACCUCCCCGAGCUCAACCUGACGGGCACCAUCACCCCUGCGCUGGGAAACCUCACUUACUUGAGGCGACUCAAUCUUUCAUCGAAUGGCUUCCAAGGGUUCCUGCCUCCAGAGCUAGGUACUAUCCAUGACCUCCGUGUGCUGAACAUAGGUGCAAAUCAGUUCUCAGGAACGAUCCCCAGUUCACUGGGAAACCUCUCAGCGUUGACAGCUCUUUAUGCUUUCGAAAAUAACUUUGAAGGAAGCAUUCCACCACUACAACACCUCUCGUCUCUUAGUGCACUUGGGUUGGGGACAAACAGACUCCAAGGAACCAUCCCUUCGUGGUUAGGCAAUCUCUCUUCAUUAGUAUUCCUAAAUCUUCAGCACAAUGGUCUUGUUGGUCAGAUCCCAGAAUCAUUAGGAAAUCUUGAGAAACUUACAAAACUUGAUGUCUUGGUAAACAAUCUUUCAGGCCCCAUACCUAGUUCGCUUGGCAACCUCUAUGCCAUCACUGAACUUGCUCUAAAUAAUAAUGAGCUGGAAGGCCCUUUGCCCCCUUUAAUGUUCAAUAAUCUUUCCUCCCUUGAAUUUCUAAAUAUAGAAUACAACAACUUGAAUGGGACCCUUCCCCCUAAUAUUGCAAGCAACCUUCCGAAUUUAAACUUUUUUCUAGUAUCAGACAAUGAAUUUCAAGGCAUGCUCCCGUCAUCCCUUUGCAACGCUUCCAUGCUUCAAGUUCUUGAAGCAGUAGAAAACUUCCUGUCGGGAACGAUUCCAGAAUGCUUAGGAGCUCAACAAACGAGCCUGUCUGCAGUGUCAAUUGCAGCAAAUCAGUUUGAAGCAACAAACGAUGCUGAUUGGAGCUUUGUGGCUAGCCUGACCAAUUGUAGCAACUUGGUUACACUAGAUGUUGGCUUGAAUAAUCUCCAUGGGGUGCUGCCAAAUUCAAUUGGUAAUCUCUCAACACAGCUGGAGUAUCUCAGCAUCGCAUACAACAAUAUAACUGGAACAGUGACAGAAGGAAUCGGUAACCUCAUCAACUUGCAAACACUUUACAUGCCUCAUAACACUCUCAUAGGUGCUAUUCCAGCAUCUCUAGGCAACCUGAAUAAGCUGUCUGAAUUAUUUCUGUACAAUAAUGCUUUGUCUGGACCCAUGCCAGUCACUCUUGGCAAUCUUACACAACUUACUAAACUUCUCCUCAGUACGAAUGCUAUAAGUGGACCUAUACCAUCUAGUCUCAGCCACUGUCCUUUAGAAGUAUUGGAUCUUUCUCACAACAAUCUUUCUGGUCCGACACCAAAAGAACUCUUUUCAAUACCAACUUUGUCGAGUUUCAUUAACAUUUCUCAUAAUUCCAUAUCUGGGUCUUUGCCAUCAGAAGUUGGAAAACUAGAAAAUCUGAACGGACUUGAUUUAUCUUAUAAUAUGAUUUCUGGUGAGAUUCCAUCCUCCAUUGGUGGGUGUCAAAGCCUAGACUAUCUCAAUCUAUCUGGAAACAUCCUUCAGGGGACAAUUCCAAUGUCACUAGGAAAUCUAAAGGGCCUUGUAGGGCUUGAUCUUUCUCAUAAUAAUUUGUCGGGGGCCAUCCCUGAGAUCCUUGCCAGACUAACUGGCCUUUCGAUACUGGAUCUUUCAUUCAAUAAACUCCAAGGUGGAGUUCCAAGUGAUGGGAUAUUUCUGAAUGCAAAAAAGAUCUUAAUCACUGGGAAUGAUGGUUUUUGUGGUGGUAUCCCUCAACUGGGAUUGCCACCUUGCCCCACCCAGACCACCAAGAACCCACAUCGAAAACUUGUCAUAACAGUCUCCGUAUGCAGUGCAGUUGCCUGCGUCACAUUAGUAUUUGCAUUGUUUGCACUCCAACAAAGGCGCCGCGAGAAGACAAAAUCAGACCAACAAAGGUUGGUCUUGGGUGAGCAAUAUAUGAGGGUUUCUUAUGCCGAAUUGGCUAGCGCGACAAACGGUUUUGCAUCGGAGAACCUCAUAGGAGCAGGGAGCUUUGGAUCAGUUUACAAAGGAACAAUGAGAAGCAACGACCAGCAAAUAGAGAUCGCUGUGAAGGUUCUCAACCUCAUGCAGCGUGGUGCAUCUAAAAGUUUUGUUGCAGAAUGCGAGACUUUAAGAUGUGCUCGACAUCGAAACCUUGUAAAGAUAUUGACUAUCUGUUCAAGCAUUGAUUUUAAGGGCCAUGACUUCAAGGCCCUCGUGUAUGAGUUUCUACCGAAUGGAAAUUUGGAUCAAUGGCUGCACAAGCAUAUCAUCGAAGAUGGUGAACCAAAGGCACUAGAUCUGAUUGCAAGAUUAAAUGUUGCAACUAACGUGGCAUCCUCACUUGAUUACCUUCACCAACAUAAGCCAACGCCGAUUAUUCACUGUGACCUUAAGCCAAGUAAUGUUCUCCUGGACAGUUCCAUGGUUGCUCGUGUGGGUGAUUUUGGGCUUGCAAGGUUUCUACAUCAAGAUGUUGGUACAUCAAGUGGAUGGGCAUCAAUGAGAGGAUCAAUUGGAUAUGUAGCUCCAGAGUAUGGAUUGGGCAACGAAGUAUCCACCCAUGGUGAUGUCUACAGCUACGGCAUACUAUUGCUGGAAAUGUUUACUGGGAAAAGACCAACAAACAACGAAUUUGGUGGAGCCAUGGGGCUCCGCAAGUAUGUUCAAAAUGCACUACCAGACAGAGUUAGUACUAUCAUGGACCAACAGCUACAAAUGAAGACAGAAGAUGGGGAACCAGCCACCUCAAACUCCAAGCUCAGAAUUUCCUGCAUCGCUUCGAUCCUGCAAGUUGGGAUUUCCUGUUCAGAGGAGAUGCCCAUGGCUCGUGUGUCAAUUGGAGAUGCUCUGAAAGAGUUGCAAGCAAUUAGAGAUAAGUUUCAGAAGCUCCUUUGUAGUGAGGAAGCAUCAUCAUCGCACUGAAGGUUCUCCAGCUGCAGCCAUUGGAGCAUGAGAUCAAUUUGUGUGAUUGCAUGUUAUAUUUUACUACUAUUUUCAGGAAGGACUAUGUUCUUCCAAAUAAAGUUGUAGCUCCUUUUCUAUUGUUUGUUUGAACUAAAACGUCUGUGUGUUGAAUAUUCCGAUCUUAACAAGGCAUACUCUA